CCCCACCUCGAAGCGUCAAGAGGAGACGGUAUGGAAACGAGAUGGCGCUUGCCCGUGCAGUAGAUUGCCUACCGUCGACCAGGAACUCCCAAGACCCAAGACCUCCAAGACCCAAGACCUCCAAGACCCAAGACUCGAAGAGAAACAGCGAUUUUGACUGAGCUUCACGAGCAAAGGAUCGACUAGCAUGAUAGCGACCCGAGGCUACAUUCCCACAUGUAUCAGAAGACAAAGAAUGCUGUCGUUACCUUCGACGAGACACAAGACUGUACAGAAACCAACGAUGCUGCUUCCCUGAGACGGAUAUGCAAGAUUUUCGAAGUGCUCGAAUUUCCAAGCAAAAUGUUUACGUCUCAAAUGCCGAAUAAGAAUGACAAGGACCAAAGGAUGUGUCCCUACCGACAUGUUGAUCGCCGCUCCAAGAGUAGAGUCAACUGCACCGAAGCACGUGAAAACCGCAAGUCAAGCGGAAGCUAUGGGCAGUGAAGAUGAUAGCGAUCAUGCCAGACCGAAACGGCUCUGAGGGUUGAAACCUCAACCGAAACGAUGAAGGCAGACGACGAUCGCGAACUUCCGAAAUUAUUUUGGAAGGCAAGCAAGUUGUGAGUCAAUGUAUGUAAAGUACAAUCUUCACACGCUCUGAGGGACAAACUGCAAGUUGAAGCAGCUCUUGUCCUUACGUUCCUGUACCAUCGGUGCUCUAGACUUCGUGUCUGGCCGAGGUUCAGGAUGUCGAGUCGCACGAUAAAGUAAGUGGGGAUCCGCAAGUGACCCCGCCGAGCUGACGUGUGGACCUGGACUGAAGCUCAGUUCCUGAAGCUGAAAAAGCUAUCAGAGAAUCAAAGCUGCUACCUCGCUGCAGGUAGAUUCCUCUGGUGUGAGAUAUUCGAGACCAUUUUGCGAAGCACUCCUCAGGUAUUUCCCUGAGAGAGUAGUGACGCAGAUGCGUCAUCGGAGUCUCUAAUCAGA